AUGGAGAAUGGUGUUUCCUACCCGACGGCUCUGAGGAUAUUUAGAGAUCGGCACAACGAGAUGAAAUUGUUUUCCAGCUCCUUACACGAGCUAGCAACGAACAAUUCUCAGUUUAAAGAGGCAACUACAUGUUUGUCGAUUGGAACUGGUUGUGGCGAGUUCGAUAUUGAGUUCAUUCAAAAGUGUCUUCCGAAGUUGAAGGAGUUCAUUGCAGUCGAACCCAACCGAGACUGUGCUAAAGAACUCGAAGCGAAUUUUAAGAAACGUUUUGAUGGAAGUUUGACUCUCGAAAUUUUUGAAAUGAAAGUUGAAAAUUUUGUGGACUUGUUUGAAAAAUCAGACGAUGAUGACAACAACUACGUUAGUAAAGAAAAUAUUCAUGACAUAGCCGCAAAAAAGAGGAUGAAUUUAUUAAACCGGAAAAUAGAUGUUAUUAUAGCGUUUCAUGUGAUUUAUUUCCUGAACAGCGGAGAUCGAAGCCGUCUGUACGACACGUGCUUCAAUCGAUGGCUGGACCCAAUAAACGGGCAGUUGGUAUUCGCCAAUGCCCACGGAGACAACGCCAUUGUUGGAUUGAUGGAGCAACUUGGAGCUGCUCCCUUCCUUACUUCUGAAACCAUCAAACAGGAGUUGAAAAUUAAUGGCGUUCAAAUAGUGAAAGAAUUAACUUACAGAGGUCUAAUUGAUCUCGAUGGCUACAGCAUCGAUCAUCUGAAUGGAAUGUUUCACUUCACCUUGAAAAGUUUGAAAUUAAAUUUCGAAAAAGUUUCGAAUGCCAUAAAAGCUGUGGCACCAAACGGUUAUGGCAGUUUUGUUUGUGAAUUGUGCGUUUGCCAAAAAUAUUGA